CAUGUGUAAACCCGGCGCUUGAUUUAAUUUUUUGCAAUGCAAACAAAUACAAAAUAUAUAAAUAUUUUUUAUUAUAUUUUUUAAAAACAAAUGGAGCAUUGCAAAGAAUUCGACGAUAUUAAGGCAGUGUUAACUUACUGCAAUAAUAAUGUACAAAAAUAUGUCAACCUUGGUUUUCGAAGUGGUAAUGACAGAAUUGUGAACGAAAUUAGUAAACGCAUACAGGAUGUACUUCUCGAAAAACAUCACUUAUCGAAAGCCUUGGAGCCAUUACCAAAGUCUUAUACUGUCCUACGUAAAGUACUAUUGUUUUUGGUGCUUAAUUCAGAUAUCCCACGUAAAUCUGAGUGUGACGUAUUUAAAAAUUUAGCACAUGUAAGUGAUUUGUGCCCAUUAUUGCCGAAAUUUUUGUUAAUAGCUAUAAUAUGGGAACUAAAAUUGGAUAACUUUCUUUACGAAUUAAUUUCGUACACUCCUUGUUGGUUUACGUAUCCAUUAAUAGAAAUUAUUUUAGAGUCAUUAAGGUACAUUGAUGAUGUGUGUGAAGUAUUGGAAAAAGGUGAACAUGUCAUACGUGCAAUGUACAAUAGUCUUACCAAUACAAUAAAUUAUGCAUGUGACCAGAAGGCUACAGUGAAAAUAAAUAGUCAGUUUUACGAAUUAAUAACAAGAAUACUACAAAGAAUUUUUAGCCCACCAGACAAUGAAAAUAUAAAACGGAAAAAAGCUAAUGCCCGUAAAUCAGGAUAUUUAGUUAAGCACAUAAUAAAUUUAAUCAGUUUUGAAGAAACUUAG